AUGGAGUUAAUCACCUAUCCCAUUUGGCUCGGCUCUUCUGUGGCUCAGUUUAUGUUCAUGAAACCGGUUGCUACCGUUGUGAAAAUUGCCUUUUAUGGACUUGUGCGAUUACCCACAAGCAUAGUUGCCUGGGUCUUGGGAGUCGACCUGGACGAGCUGUUCACCUUGGAUUUGAAAUACGUGUUUGACAUUGUGCGUGUCUUUUAUCAGUUUGUCAGCGUUGCUUUGUUGUUUGGAUUGUUCAUCGGAGCAAUCAAUGGGUUGGUGUUGUGUCUUGUUCGAUACCUUUUGACAUUCAAAGAGCCCGCAAUCAAGAUCUUUGAGUCAUCUUCAAAACCAAUCAGAACAGAGCAGGAUACAUAUGUGCCUCCAAUCAAGCGCGAAUCCGGCACAAGCACGCCAAUUCCCGAACGUAUCGACCCAGUGUCAAGAGCAACGUCUUUUUCCCAAAUCUAUGAUGAAUCCCAACACCAGCUACGCGAGCGCCAUACACCAACUUACUACGAAGAUGACGAUGGUUACAACACGAUCAGGUCUGACUUUUCGCCCAAGACUCCCCAGCAGUCCAGGGUCUCUUCGCGAUAUUCUUCUGUCCGCAGUGAUUCUCUAUUCAACACGCCCUCGCACCAGUCAGAAUCUUCCGAAGCAGACACAACCAUCGAAGCUGAUCGUUCUAGGUUAAACAUAAUCAAAGAAGAAGAUGUAUCAUAA